GUUUUAAUCUGCUGUGGCAACUUAAUACAUUUUCCACGGAAAAAUAUGAAAAAACGAGUUGAGAACAAGUCUGCCAAGGAGAAAGUGGACAAGGUGGAUUCUGGGACUGAGGAGGAACCACCAAAGACUGCAGAUGACUACCAGUGUUCUGGAAAUUUGGAGCUGGAUUUCCUGGAGCUUUGUAACCUAAUGGGCGUGAAAGAGAUCCCCUCUGUGAAGCUGAAGCAUGAAGCUCAAGAGUCACCAGCUACAGAGAGAGAAGCUAUAGAAGAAAGCCAAUCACAGACAUCCCUUGAAAGUCAGAUUACAACUUGGUCCUCCAAGCCCUGCCUCCAGAUAGAGCUGGAGAAUGAUGAAGACCACUACAGCGUAAAGGAGGUCAAGAUGUCAGGAUGGAAGGUGGAUGAGGUGAUGCUUCAGGUGUUGAGCAAGACAUUGCCAUCCCUCAGUAACUUACAGUGCCUACACAUGUGGCGGAUUGGCUUAACAGAUUGCACUUUCACCUCCCUUAGAAACACCGUGUCUCUAUGUACAAAUCUCAGGAAAGUGGUUUUGGAUGGUAAUCCACUUCCUGAGCAGAGUUAUCACUUACUCAUAGGGGAAGACAGCACGCUGACAGACGUAUCACUGCGCAACAAUCGUAUAGGAGAGGAGGGAGCUCGCCUGAUUGGCUUAGCUCUUUCAACUCUACACUCUGCCAACAAAACCCUCCUGUCACUCAACUUGGCUUUUAAUAGAAUCGGUGAUGCAGGUGCCAUUGAUAUUGCUCAGGGUCUGCGUUUCAACCGUUCCUUGCUCUGUCUGUCUUUAUCCUACAAUCAUAUAGGAGAUAGUGGGGGGGCUCAUUUAGCUGAGGUGCUGGGUCCCUUUGCUCUAAUACAUGAGGAGAUAGUUGAAAGGAGGAGGCUGUUAUUUAAAGGCGACCAAUCAGUUAUAAUCCAGCCGUCUCAGGUUAGUCUAGCCAACUCAACAUACGAGCGCCCUCUCUCCAUCCGCAGCAACUCUUCACUGGAUCGUCCCAUCAACAAGAGUGCCAAAAACACCUCCAAAAAGAAGGACAGCCCUAAGAAAGAGGAGAAACUAGUGCCAGGUCAGGCAGCAAAGAAAGAGGAGGUAAAGGUGGCCAAAAAAGACAAUAAAGUGCCCCGUGGGCAGGCCGGAAAGUUAGGAGGCAAAGACAAGAAUCUGCCAGUGUCUGAGCAAGAGACAGUGGAGGUGGUUGAGACUGUGAAUCCUCUGCUGGAUCCUGGAAUUCUGCACACCGGAGGGAAAAUUAUUCAUCCAGGGAACACAUGCCUUAUUUCUCUGAAUCUAUCAGGAAAUAAAUUGACUGAGCAAUCACUGAAGUUGUUCCUCUCUUCUUUGGAGAGCCAGGGUGAGGGAGGUCUCCUGCGUCUCUCUCUCAACAUGAAUCCUUUCCCCCCAGACUGUGAUACCUUUCUGAAAAUACAGGAAAUUAUGUCUCUCAAGGACCCUUUAAACAAAAAUAGCUCUGGUCAGGUGGAGAAUAAACAGGGGGAAUCCCAGACUACCAGUGCAGCCUAACAGGGUGAAUGGCAGGACAGGUGGCUUAGAUUAACACAUGAAAUAUCUGCCUCAACUCUCCACAAGGUUCCAGAAUGUGUUAAUUGUGACAAUUAUUCAUCUUCAUUUUGAUUAAUAUUUGCUAUAUUAUAUAAUUAUAUUUUUUGAAUAUUUUGCUGUCUAACCCUUAAACACGUACCUUGGGUCUUUAGUGACCCGGGACCUCAUUCCACCCCCUGUACCUCAUCCAUGUUUUGGAGUUGUACCCACACCUCUUUAGUAUUCCUCAACCUUUCUCUCAUAAAUAGUGUAAAACACAAACACACACAUAAAAAAAAGCCAAAAUUGCAAAACAUUUAUUUUUUAUAAUGGUUUAAGUACCUAAAGUGUAUAGGGUCAUUAGAGAUCCUAUGUAUGUAAUAGUGUCGUUUUUUCCCCUCGCUUUUUUUUUUUGUUUUUGUUUUUUUGCACUUCCAUAAAUUAUAUUUUAAUUAUUAUUUCAUAUCUACUGUAUAUCAGUUUACUAUCUGGAAAUCUAUUUCUUUGUUUAUUACAAGAGAAAUGAGUACUAUAUUCAUACAAAUAAAUGCUAUAUCAUGUUGAUUUUCUGUGCAAUUGCUUUGACAUUGCUGUUUGAUGAAGAAACAAUGUGGAAGUAAACUAUAGCAAGUAGAAUACAUGAACAUUACGAUUUGACUUGUUAUUUGAUUGAUUGAUUGUAUUUUGGUGUACUACUGAAAUUAUGAAACUUGUGCAUCUAAUUAGACUCAGUAAGUGGCUGAAAUACUUAUUUGUAGCUUAUAUGUAUCUUAUGUGGUAUGUGUAGCUCAAUAUGUGUUUGACAGCCAGUUCAGUCUCAUUAAAUUUCAGUGUGAAAGUAAAGAAACCUGUUGUAGAUUUGUUCUUAAUGUUGCAUUAUCUCUUUGAUAUAUGAAAAAUAAAACACCAAA